GAUCUGUUCCUCAGCUUUAGUAUGGCUGAGACAGGAUAGCCGUGACUGAAUCUCUCCGAGGGCUAAAACCAUGGCUUCUCCCGACUAUGAGGCGUAUGAAUGUAAGACACUCGACGGGACGACCAUCCGAGGAUGGCUGUUCCUAGUCGACAGGAGGCCUGCACCGACCGUUAUCAUGACACCUGGUAUCAAUGUCGUCAAGGAAAUACUUCUUCCCCAAGUCGCGAAAGGCUUCCAAUCCCAAGGAUUUAAUGUCUUUAUUUACGACACUCGAAGUGUAGGAGGUAGCGAUGGUUCCCCAAGGAAUCUACUUGAUCCUCUCCAGUAUUCCGAGGAUCUCUCAGAUAUCAUAACACAUAUUAGCACCCUGCCAUCGGUCGACUCGAAACGCAUCAUCUUGUGGGGUAUCUCCCUUGGGGCCCUGGUUAGCGGCUGCACUGCUGUGGUUGACAGCCGAGUCAAGGCAGUGAUCAUGGCGUCACCGGUCUUCAACUACUACCGAGACGAUAAGAGAAAGGAUGCUUUCGCUCGGCUAAUCAAGGAUCGCGAGGCUCAGCUACUCCACGGGUGCGAGCCAGAAAUGAUGCCAAUGUUCGACAGCAAAGGGGAGAAUAUCAUAGGCAUGCUGGAUUCUGGUGGCCCGGGAGGACUGGAGUCGUAUCGGUUCAACAAAUUGAUCGUGGAGAAAGCCGGGCCAACAGCACGCAACCAUGUUGCUAUUCAGUCGUACCACAAUAUCGCCAUGUUUUGGCCCAAGCAGAUUAUUGCCAACCUGGAAACCCCAGUUAUGAUGAUUAUACCGGGACUCGACCAGAUGUAUCCCCCAGAGCUGCAGAAACAGAUGUUUGACAAGAUAAAAUCACCAAUGAAGAAAGUUCUGUGGCUCAAGGACAGAGGACACCUCAAUUUGAUGGGUGGGAAGGGCAAGGACCAGUUGCUCAGAGAGCAGGUUGGUUUCAUUAAUGAUGUUCUGGGCGUCCAAACCACUGUAUCGAAAUUGUGAAAGCGUUUGAGAGGCAGAAGACUCCCAAGAGAUUAUGGCCGAUCUAGAGCCCCAGGGGUAUUCCGGCAUGCACCAUGGGCUCACCGCAC